AGAAAAUCAUAACCUAAGAAGACCGUGAAAGUGAUAGGAUUAGAAACUAAUUCUUAACAAAGUACGUAGAGGAUAUUUUAGAAAGUGUAAAUAGCUAAGGAAAUUUGCUUUUUGUAUCAAAUUUAUAAAUUGCAUUUUUUGUUGAUAUACUAUAAAAUGAAGCAAAAGCAUUAACUUUAGCUCUUAAAAUUUGGAAUGAAUAAAGUUAAAAAUUAAAUCUAUCAUAAAAAUAAAUGCUCUUUAAUAGCAUUAAAUAUGUUAAUUAACAAUCAUUUCUUAUAAGAUCUAAAUAAAGUAACCAUGAUUUGUAAAAUGUAGUCAAUUACUCAAAAAUUAGCUUUUUUGAAUAAAUAAAAUUUGAAGAUGAUCUUUCAGAAUGUAUACAAAUGCUUAAAGAAUGUUUAAAUAUAAAAACAAAUUUAAUACAAAAAAUAGGAGUUAAUCAUGUGGAUUUACAAGAAUCAUUCGAAAUAAGCAUGA